CAACUCAUACCUUCUCUCUCGAAGUCAUAAUGAAAUGGACUUUCAAACACUAUUAUUUCAUCAUCGCUAUUAUUUGUUCUUACCAAGUUAUUUAUAGUGGCGGGGACUUCCCAAACACAAAUACGCAUGUGCCCACGCACACACACACAUAUGUAUAUGGAGAAAGGCUAUCACAACAAUAGUGUUUACAUGUACGUUCAAACAGUCUUUGGAUACAAAUAAUAAUCAAUAAUACUGACAGAAAGUAAUGGAAAAUCUGAUGACACCCCCAGGGGACCUAUGUCAUGAAAAAGAAAGAUUGUUGACAUUCUCUGAAAAUAUUCAACAAAAACUAACAGCUACAGAGCUUGCUGCAAAUGGUUAUUAUUAUGAUAGCACAGAAGGAAAAAUACUGUGCUUUUUCUGUAAAUCUGGACUGGAAUUUUCAGAUUCCACUUUUAAACAUAAAUAUUCGUGUGAAGAUAAAGUUGACAAUUGUCCAGUUUAUUUACAUAAUGAUACAGAUAUUAAAAAUGCUGCAACUAUUAAUGUCCAAAUCACUGAACAAGAAAAUGAGAUUGUAGUGACAACUAGUACUGAAAAUAUUAUUCCAAAUGAAAAUGAAAUGCUUGAUAUGCAAAAGAGACUGGAUUCCUUUGAAAAUUGGGACAAAAGCAUACCAGUAACACCCACAGGUCUUGCCAAGAAUGGAUUUUAUUACCUAGGUUAUGAUGAUGCUGUUAAAUGUGCAUACUGCUCUAUCCAACUGCGCAACUGGAAAGAAAAUGAUGAUGUCCAUAAAGAACAUAGAAAUUUCAGUCCAAAAUGUCCAAAUUUAGAAUCUUUCAUGAAAAUAGAUUUCAAAUAUGAACUGAAUCGGCUAAAAAGUUUUGCCAAAGCUUUCUCAACACCUCUCCCAUUAAAAGCUAAAGAUUUGGCAGCUAAUGGAUUCUACUACAAAGAGCCUACUGAUAAUGCCUGUUGUGUUUUUUGCAAAUGUGAAAUCAACGAUUGGAAAGCUAAUGAUGAUAUUAAAGAAAAACAUAGGUCAAUUUAUCCGAACUGCCCUUUCUUGUGUGAGAAAUUGGUAGGUAACGUACCAAUACCAAAUCAGAGUAAUAAAUUUGAUUCUCCAGUACAUCCACAUUUUACCUCAUUUAGUAAACGCCUUAAAACAUUUUCUUCAUGGCCAAAGAAUAAAAACCAAAAUCCUGAGUCUUUAGCAGAUGCUGGAUUCUUUCAUAAUGGAAAAGCUGAUACAGUAAUUUGUUUUAGCUGUGGUGGUGGCUUAUGUAAUUGGGAGGAGGAUGACAUUCCAUGGGAAGAACAUGCUCGGUGGUUUCCAAGAUGUACUUUUGUACAACAAAAGAAAGAUCCUAAAUACAUCAGAGAAGCAAAUGUAAAACACAGAGUAUCUUCAGAUGACUUGGUAAGUUAAUAAAAAAUAACAUCAAUAACAACAAAUGAAUAACUUACAAUUCAUGUUUCUGAUAAAUAACCUUUAUUAAAAGCUAGACUAAUCUUACUGCUUCAAGUGUACCCUUGUUAAUUCACACAUGUAUUUCAAGAGUUAAAGGAGCAUUUUG